AUGCCUUUCUUCCAGGUUCCUGAUCUCAACAUUAAUCGUGGAAACACCAUGUUCGAAGUUAUUGGCCAAGAGAAUCCGGAUGAAUGGGAAGGAGUUAGUGAAAUUCCUGAUGUAGCUAAAAUUACGGAGCACGAAGACGAAAUGCAGAUGUUCCAAGAAGAAACUGUUACUAAAACACAGUUCUACGAGAUGGAAGGAGUACUGCAUAAGCAAACUGGAGAAAUCCUCACUUUUGUUGAAGCUGUACGACAAGGUCUUCUAGAUCUUCAUGCUGGUGGUGGUCAAUUCUUCGACCUUGUUUCCGGCUCAAGAAUCAGUUUGGAGAAGGCUGCUGAGCUUGGUUACAUAGAUGGAAGCUUCCAAGAAGCACUCAAUACUCAUUGGGGUAUUCAUCAUCCUGAGACGAAGCAAAGCUUAUCUUUGAUGGAUGCUAUCCAAAUAGGCCUCUAUGAUCCCGACAUACGACAACUCCGUGACAUCAACAGCGGGGAAAUUCUCUCCAUGUACGAGUGUGUUAGUCGUGGAAUAAUCAAUUUCGAUACCCAGCAUAAGCUUAUCAAGAUGGGAAUCUUGAAGCUUCCACCCAUGCCUCUCAAUCAAGCUAUUGAGCAAAAGAUUCUUAACACCGCCACCGGGCAGUUUACUGGAAAGUAUUCCAAUGAAACAAUGCCCAUCAAGGAUGCACUAUAUCACGGUUACAUCCAGAUUGUUACUCCUCCUCAAAACCCUAUGAUUGCUACAACGCUAUCAGAUGUCAUUGAGAACGAUUUGAUUAAUGCCAACAAUGGGGAGUUCAACGAUCGCAACUCUAACGAGUCGUUUACUCUGCGCGAGGCUGUUUCCAAACAGAACAAUCUCCUUAACUUGCAUGUUCCUGAAAUUAUCAACACAUCCGAUAACUCGAGAUUAUCUCUUGGUGAUGCUGUUGUACGCAACGCCGUCAGCGUUCGCAAUGGAAAUUUCACUGAUUUGCAGAGUCGUCGUACUAUGUCUCUACGCGAAGCUCAUCGUGAGCACUUGAUCUGCAAGCCUUUAACUUUAACAGAAAUGUGCUCUAAAGAUCUUAUUGAUUCUACAAAUCAUUUCAUUGAUCGUGGAACCAAACAUCGCCAUACUCUCCUUGAGGCUAUAGCCGCUGGACUGUUAGAUGCUGAAGUCCGUCAUAUUGUGGAUCCUGACGAGAAGGACGUUAUCUCCAUCGCAGAAGCAUUGGAGCGCGGAAUUCUUGGCGCCGAUGGAUUGAUUAUUCUCGAAAAGCAACAAAAAACAUUCACUAUUCCCGAAGCCGUGCGGGAAGGACUCUUGACUAAGCGUGUCCGCCACAGUAUUUUUGAUGUUAAAGGCAUCAGAAAUACUAUGACUGACCAUAAUUUGAGCUUCAAUGAGGCUGUUGAGGUCGAAGCUAUUCUCACCAGUUCGGAACGUGUUGUAGAUCUGGCUACUCGUGAUAGUUAUCCAAUUCAGCAAGAUAGUUCUAAGAACGUUAUUGACUCCGCUCUUCAUGAACUUCUUAUCAAGCCAGUUGGUAUUAAAGAUGACAGAGGCAACUAUUCCUUGAACCUUGUACAAGCUGUAUCUCGUGGUAUUAUUGAUCACCAGAAGGCUGUUUUCUUCAACAAAAACACGAAACAAGAAUUGUCUCCUCGUGAUGCUUACCUUGCUGGUAUGGUGAACCUGCGCGGAGCUCUACUCAUAUCUGGGCUUUUCGAUGUCCAUCCUUCCCUUAUCACUCCAGUGAAAAAGGUAGAGAAGAAAAAGAGAGUGAGCAGACCCGGACAAUCCGGUCUGGAAUUAGCUGAAAAUCAAGUUAAGGUUACUCUCGAAGAAGCCAUGAAACAAGGAUUAAUUGAUUCCCGAACUCAGCGUUUCCGUCAAGGUGAUAUUGAUAUGAGUUUGGAUGAUGCCCUCAACCAAGGACUUAUUGAUCCAAUGAGUGAAUGGAUUGUUCCUUCGAAGAGUGCUGGAGUUGGUCCAACAAUCGAAGAGAAAACUACAGAAUCUGUCACUGAAACUGGUCAACAGCUUGCUCCAAAAUAUUACCCAGACAAGAACAUUGAGGAGUCUGUCACAACUGUCAAGCGUGUCAGAACCACCGAGACCACUGCACUUGGAGGACCUGGCGGUGUUUCAACUUAUCGUGCUAUCACCGGUGGAAAAGGAGCAAUUGAAGUACCAGCUUCUGGAUACCACAUUUAUGAAGCUGAGCGCAAGGGGAUCAUAGACCUCACAUCUGGUGAAAUAAGUGCUCCCAAUGUGGAUCGUCAUAUCACUUUCGCUGAAGGAAUCGAGCUUGGAGUCAUCGACGCUGCUACUAUUUCUGUAAAGAAUAGCAAUGGUAGUAUGAUCGGAGUCAAAGAAGCUCUGGAGAAGAAUGUUAUGGCCAAAAAUGGUUCUGUGAAGAACCUGAAUAUUGAAAAAGCUAUCGAAGAGAAACUUAUCGUUAUUGACGCUGAGCCCCUAGUCCCAUAUAAUAAUCAAGGAAAGAAGAUUAUCCAAAUUCCUACUGGAUCUGGGCCCGUCAUCAGCUUCCGUCCUGUUGGACAACCAAUUGUUGAGGAACAUGAGCAAAUAUGGUCUUUCGAUUCAGCUACCGGUGUGUUGGUUGAUCACCAUUCAGGUGAGAAACUGAGCAUUGAACGUGCAUUGGCCUCCGGAAAGCUCACUCCUGAAGACAUUAGUGUUAGAGACGCUCUGACUGGGCGUGAAAUGAGUUUCACUGAAGCCGAGAAAUGGGGUAUCAUUGAUAGCAAGCGAGGAUUCUAUUUGAACAAAUCUGAAGGAAAGCGGUACAGCUUCACCGAAGCAGCUCAACAACACUUCAUCUAUCCAAAUGGAGGUGUUCCUGAUAAUGCUGGAGAUGCAGUUCAUACCACUGUCAAGACGCAGACCCGCACCCAAGUUUCAAAGAAAGAAGCUCUCUCUAGUGGAGCUCCUCUCACUGAUAACACCUUGGGAAAAGCUUUGACUCUUGGCUGGUAUGAUUCAGGAAAUGGAAUGUUCACUAAUCCAGAUACGAGCAAGCAAAUGACUUUAAAAGAAGCCAUAAUCAAGGGACUCUUCAAUCCUUACGAUUCAAGCGUACUUGAUACUCGUCGUAACAAGGAGAUCACUUUACUCGAAGCCAUACAAGAAGGAAUUGUGGAUGAUACUGCAGGAACUGUUCUCGAUACUGCUAAUAACAAGAAGCAUGAUCUUCAUUCUGCACUCAAGGCUGGAAUCCUUAAAGGAAAAACUAUGGGAGAUACUUUAGAUUCAGGUCUCCUAUCUGGUCGUCUUGAUCUUUCUACUGGCCAUUACGACAACAAUGGUAAACAACUUCCAUUGCACGAAGCCUUGAAUAGAAACAUCGUGGAUCAGCACUCUGUUGUGGUUCGUGACCCAGUUAAUGGAGAAGAGUUGAGCUAUCGCGAAGCUAUAAGCCGUCGUAUUGUUGAUCCAGAACGUGGUCUUGUUCACAACCAGAGAACCAAUGAGAGCACCAGUUUCCCAUCUGCUCUUACGAGUGGUCUCAUUGCCAGCGCUGGAUCUAGCAGCAAGCCUACACAAGGUCAUAGAAUCGUAGAGCAAAAGCUUCAACUGACCCCUUUUGUCCCAGCUCCAGCCAACAGUAGAGAUGGACGACACGAGUAUGUUGACCUUGGAGGAGGAAAGCAAGUCAUGGUUAAAGUUGUCCGUGGAGAAGGUGGUGUUGAAAAAGGAGAGUAUGUCGAUCCUAGUACCGGAAUGAAGUUCACCAUCCAAAUGAAUGGAGAUCCAUUUGUUACUGAAACCAAGACGUCCGUUAAGAGCACCUCUCAAGUUCAAUCUGUCGAAUUAGAGCCACAUGCCGAGUUCGUUGGAAUUGAUCGUAUUCGUGACAAACGUAACAACAGAGUGAUGAGCUUGGAAGAUGCCAAACGUAUUGGUCUUGCACGUGUUGAUAAGAAGGGAAAGCAGAUGACGAAAACUUACUCCGUUUUCCGAUCAAAUAUCCAGAAUGCAGUCAACAAGGGAGUUAUGGACUCUCAUAUGGAGAAGAUCAGCUUACAAGAUGCUAUCCGUGCCGGUAUUAUUGAUAUCCGAGAACUGACAUACCGUAACCCUAAAAGUGGCGAAGCCAUCCCACUCACCCAAGCUGCUAACAUGGGUCUAGUGGACGUUACUCUUUCCGAGACUCUGCCAAAAGGAGUAUGUAAUCCUGGAAACAACGAGAGAAUCACAAUCCACAAAGCCAUAGAACUUGGAAUUAUCGAUGCUCGUACUGGUGAAGUUAGGGAUCCAUUAACUCGAAAACCUCUCACUUGGAUAGAUAUUAUUAAGCCAGUUUGGCAAGCUAUCACUAGUGAUGGAGUGUUCGAUCCCGCUAAAGGCAACAGAGUCCCCGUCACCACUGCUCUCAAUGAUGGUUUGAUAAAUACUCAAAAACGAAGCUAUCAUAAUCCUAUCACUGGAGAGGAUGUUAACCUCGACGAAGCUGUCGAGCGCGGCUUAAUCGAUCGUAGCACGUACGAACUCAUCACCAAACCAUUCAUUGAAGAUUAUCGUACUCACCGACAACUUAAUCUGAUUGAAGCUGUUGAUUCCAAAUUGAUCGAUCCUAAGAAUCGUACCAUCCAGCUUUCCCGACAAAGCAUUGUACCUAUUUCUAAGGCUGUGCAAGAUGGACGUAUUCCAUUCGACAUUGGAGAGAAGCUCCGCAGAGUGGACAAACUCAAUUUCGCUGAAGCUCUUGGCAAAGGAAUCAUCGAUGUUCGAGCUAAUAUUUUCACCGACCCUGAUACUGGCCGUCAAAUGACUAUUGCACAAGCUAUUGAGGAAGGCUACAUUGAUACUGGAAACGUAGAAUCUAUGGAAGGUGCUGACGAGAAAAAUCUGACAGUUAUUUUGAACUCAGACGAGUUUGAUGAUAACUCUGGACGUAUUCGUGAUAAGAAAUCUGGACUUUACCUUACUUUCCGUGAUGCCGUAGAAAGAGAUGUCAUUGACGGAGACUCUCUGCUCCAUGAUCUCGACAGCAGCCAAACUAUGACUCUUCGCGAAGCUUUAUCUCGAGGAAAAAUCGACAACGAUGGAAAAUUCAAUGCUGGCCACAACAAGUUGAAGAUUAAGGAAGCGGUUAAAGUCGGGUUGAUUGCCUUGAUUGACUCACCUAUGCAAGCUGCUCAAGCUGUCACUGAGGCUGUUAAGCGACGUGAUGCGGAAGGAUACAAAUUCAGAAUCGAAAACUUGGACCAUGCUGGAAACAGAGGCAGUCGAACAAGUGUUCCAAAGUUCCGUGAAGAAACUACAACUGUGACUCGUCUUACACCUCAAAAACAAGAACCAGCACUCUCCGUUCGAAUGCGCCAUAGUCAGACAAGUCUCGGAGAUCGUGCUCGCAGUAUCAUUGAUGAUCCAUCAGCUCUCGCUGAUUUACAUCAUGACUUUUUGAGCAGACUGGAAGCUAAUCGCUUUGAUACCGAUGAGAAAAUAAUCGAGAGUCCUAGCGACCAUCGACGUGUUAGCGUACGCGAAGCUGCCGAAACUGGACUACUCGAUGUUCUUACCGGCGAAUUUGUGCAUCCUGAAACAGGAAGACGGUACUCCAUCCCAAAAGCUGUUCACAUGAAAAUGGUUACCGGUGAUUCCGCGAAGCGUCUUAUGGAAGGUCUGAACCUGUCAAUUGAAGAGCUUAACAGUGCUGCUGCUGGACAGAGUGCUUCAUCUCCUGGAGGUACUGUUCCUGAAGGAACAUCUACCACUCGUACUUGGACUAAAACUAUUAAUUGGCAAGGAAAUCCUUCUGAGCUUAGGAAAAGUCAAACAGAUCCACUAGCAGAUUAUACCACUUAUCAAUCGAGCACCUCAGAGAAAACUCAUGAUGCUCCAUCAUGGGCCCGUUAA